CGCCGCCUACCAGCAUCACCAACAGCUUUUUUUGUCACGUUAUUACAGAAAUCUUGUCGUAACACCAGGGUACGGACGAUUCUAUACCAGCAGAAAUAUUUGAACUGAGCUUCCAUUACCCUCUGUUUGCCCAAGAUGGUAACCCUUGAGGAAGCCAGCGGCAACCUCCUCCAAAAGCCAUCAGAUGACCCUCAUGCCACAGCACCAAGAGACGACAGCGCAUAUGUACCAUUGAACAGCUUUGCCCUCGACAAGCAGCGUUCCUACCAGCAGCAGUAUGGUGAUAUGUACUUUUUGCGUUUGACAAAAAUCAAGCCCGAAGUUGAGCGAGUAGCCACAGAGGCCUGGCAGGAUACUGUUGUCGGCGACGAGCCCGCCAAAAAAGUUGACCGUGUACUGGAUGUGCGCCAGGGAGAGCUCUGCUGGGUGGCGGGGACAAUGUACAUGGAUAUGCCCCUCAAGCCUAACAUUCUCGACGACGUCUCCAAGGAUCGCUGGAUCUCCGCCCCCAUGUCGAGCAAAAAAUACUACACCGACAAAGAAACCGACCAAGUCAUGCUGGAAGACGACUCUGGCCGCAUCCGCCUUGUUGGUGAUGCGCUUGCCAAUGUGCCCCUCGUCACAGGCUGCAUCGUCGCCGUCAUGGGCACAGAAAAUGCAUCCGGCGAAUUCGAAGUCCUCGACAUCAAGUUCCCCGACCUCGCGCCGCAAGUUGACCGCUGGGCCCUAUCGGCCGCCAAAGCCAACGGCAAAGCUACCAAGGACGAAGACGCCAGCAUGAGCGGCACGACCGGCGGCAUCACUAACAAGCAGAUUGCUAUUGUGUCUGGCCUCGCCUUUUCUGGCACCGACGCCUCAUAUGCCCUCGAACUCAACCUCCUCCUCGAGUACCUACUCGGCGAAAGUCUUGGACCACCCGCCCAAGCCGACGUCUCGCACAUUAGCCGCCUCAUCAUUGCGGGCAACUCGAUAUCCACCUCGACGACCGCAACAGCUGAAGAUGCCGCGCAGGACGACAAGAAAAAGUACGGCUACGACGCUAGCGCAUACAACCCGCUCCCGUCGCAGCUCUUUGAUGAGUUUGUAUCGGACUUGCUCCCUUCCAUGCCCGUCACGCUGCUCCCUGGCGCCGAGGACCCCGCCAAUGCAAGCUACCCGCAGCAGCCUAUUCACACGGCCAUGUUCCCGCGCUCGAGGGUGUACGGACCGGAACCGGGUGCCGGUAAGCAGCCGGGCUGGUUUGAUGCCGUGACAAAUCCAUUUGAGGCUGAGAUUGAAGGGUGGCGUGUGCUGGGCACGGGUGGCCAGAACGUUGAUGAUAUCUUCAAGUAUGUGGAUAGCGAGGACCGCCUUGGUAUGAUGGAGGCCAUGUGCCGCUGGCGCUGCUGUGCCCCUACUGCACCUGAUACACUGUGGAGCUAUCCUUUCCAGGAAGACGAUCCAUUCGUCAUGAAGACGACACCGCACUUGUACUUUGUGGGAUGCCAGCCGCGUUUUGGAACAAAGUUGAUUGGCGGCCCCGAGGGCCAGACUGUCCGCUUGGUGGCCGUGCCGUCGUUCUCAGAGAGCAAGGAGAUUGUGCUGGUGGACACGGAGACACUGGAAGUUAGAACGGUCAAGAUUCAAGUUGCAUAACGGGAGAUUUAAAAAAGCAUUGUGUUUCAUUGGCAUAGUUGGGUUAUGAAUUCAUAGGAGCUAAACUAAGCGUAUUUUCUUCACAUCUCCUGGUUACUCAUGGUACUCGUCUUCGUCAUCGUCUUCAACUUCCUCUUCAUCCACUUCGUAGCCAUCGCCAUCAUCGUCAUUGUCAUCGUCCACUGCUAGCUCAAAGUCCUCGUCGUCGGCCCAGUCGGGCUCCUCCUGCUGCAGUGCUGAUUCAUUGUCUAUUCCAUGUGCUGCGAAAACCCAUUGGCUUUCCUGGGGAGGCUUUUUGCCCUUUUCAUCACCGCCGUGCAGUGGACCAAUCAUGCCGCCCUCGACCCAUGCAAGAUAUGCCCAUAGUUCUGCCUUUAAGUUUCGAAGCAGCUCGUGGACAAUGGCAUUCUUCUUCUUCCGGUAUAUAACCAUGGGCUCGUCAUCACCCCAAGGAUCUUUGCCCUUUCUGCGGAACCAAUCAGGAAUGUGGGCGUAGUAGAACGCCAUGUUGAGUAGGUAGCUUUUGCGUUCGCGCGGGUUCAGCACUACUGUUCGAGCCGUUGUAUUCUUGCUUGGUUUAAGCAGUGUGAAACGUAGUCGUUGACAAGGGGUCUGGUGAAUGGCUGCCUGGACGCAAGAUUCUUCCUUAAACAUGUCGAAGCAAGUGUCGUUCUGUCGCUUUCCCGUCUCUGGACCGGGGACGGUGAUGCGGAAGUUGAUGGUGUACAAGAGGCAGCUUUGUUUAACAUUUUCCAUGUCGUCUUCGUCAUCUUUGGCGUCCACACAAGAGUAAAUUCGGUCUUGAGCAUAUCGAAACAUUUGAAUGAUGUUGGCCAUUCGCAUCACGGUAUGUGGGUUGUUGCUGUUCUGGUCUACUUCCAGAAUUAGAUAGCGGAUGUAGACGUUAAACUUGGCUAUCAAAAUACGAUUUGAUUUUCGCGGAACUUCAGUCUCAAUCUUACGCUUCUUUCUGCGUCGUUUGGGUUCCCCAUCCUCUUCGUCCAUCAUCUCAGUGUCGUUUGACGCCUGCACACCGAGUUCUACAGGGUACACUGUCGCGAUGGGCUUAAUAGAAGAACGUACCACGCAUCGAAACUGGUUUUGGCCGUAUAAAAUAGGGUUUCCGAAUCUGUUUAAAGCUUUACAAACCCGUAAAAUGCUGAGAUCUGGGAACUCUGUUCUUCGUGACGCAACGACUUCCUAAUCUUCGCGCACUUGGAUUGGAGUUUGGACAACCAGAAUGUGCCAGAGGAUUUCCUUGAUGACAUGGCCAGGGAAUUUGAGAAAGUAUAGGAUGUUUCCUGUCGGCUUGGAACCGGACCUGGUCUUCUUUGACCGCUGCGUUGGUGCCGCCUUCUUGGUUGGAGGACGUUGUUUUUUGAACACUGGAACAACGGGUUUCUCAGCGAUUUCCUCUUGGCUUUCAUCACUUUCUUUGUCACUAAUCUUCUUCUUACGUCCUUUGAGCUUAUUCAGCCUUGCCGCUGAUUGAAAAACUACGACGUCGACUUCGUCCUUUGAAUUGUCCAUGGGAUCUAUCAGUGUGAUCUCGUCCGGCAACUGGUACGACUUUGCGCUUCGACUGAGUGGCUUGUUACGAAAGGGGACAUUCCAUCUUCGGGCGCUCUGUAAUUCAAAGUAUUGUGCCUUUCUAAAGGCUGCCUCAUUCUCGAUUUUGAUUCCGUUCAAGGAUACAAGAUCGAGCAAUCUAAUGUUGUUGGAAAAGGUGAUGUCCAUUUUCUUUACCACUGCGAUUGCAAGCCACCUUUUGGGAGCCUCUUCCCCAUUUUUAUCUUGGUCUUUGUCAUCUUGAUAUUCGCCACCUUGGUCUUCGCGAUCCUGAAUUGGAGAGGACGCUCGACUAUGCCCUGGUGUCUGUUCUUCGCGGGUAAACAUGUCAAUGUAGCUGCUGUCGACAUCCAGUGUGGGCGGAUCAUAAACUGGGAUCGGUGUUGGUGGGAUGUCGUAAUUGGGGGCCUCAGAAAAGGUAAUGAUUUCAGUUGUUGGUAUAGGUAUAUUUUCUACGGCAGUUACCACGGCUGUGCCAUUGUCGGAGGCCGUUCUAAGUUCAGCAAUGAGAUCGUCAAGGUAUGCCCCCUGAUCAUCCGGCGCAAACUCCAUCCCUGAUAUAGACUGGGAUGAUUCCAUUGGAAGAUUAAUACCAGAGAUUGAAUUUAAAUAUGCAAAAAGAGACCGACUACGUGCCGUUAACUGCAGUUAGAGCAAUGCGCUGUGCUUGUAAGAUGGGUUGCGGGCAUAGCCAAGCUGGCCGUGUUGAUGGUGAUGAUGUAAGAUGGAAGUGACAUUGUGUUGAGAAGAGUCGUUUAUGUAGAUGACUGUUGAUGUUAUUUGCAAAAAGCCUGAAGGCAAAGUGAGGAUGACUGGCUAUGGCAGAGAGUUGUGUUUGCGUUGGCACUCCAGAAGUGCCGUGGCACUGCCGCAGCGCCUGUCAGCUGGCAACCACCAACAACAGCCUCCCCCUCUAACUACCAUCCGUGUCAACAAUUAUGCACAACUUGUUCAAUCCCAGUACAUUCCUAUCACCGCCAUUGACUUUUGGUGUUUCAGCUCCAAUUGAGCAAAUAUGCGUGCGUAGCAUUCACACCCGGAGCUAACUCGGAAAGUUUAUCAAUCAGCUGAUGGGUCCAGUCCACUACCAUCCACUUCUAACCGACCUGCCCUGUCUAGACAAAACAGUAACCGCGCUCGCUUCAUCGGCAGAUUAAUGGCAGUUGUUAUUUAGAACAAUAUAACAUAAUAGAAGCGAAAGUUGGGGCUGGGUCCAAUGAGCCAACAUGUGCGACAGAAGUGCCGCUAGCGAGAAACUGAAUCUGUGCAUGGCGAUUAGCUACCCAUCUACUCGACCACUGCAGUGGGCGGAUGCAAUGGCCGGAUGCAAUGGAACACACACACACACACACCACCGUGUGUACCGAGUUGCACAUCUCUCCGAUGACGGCUUGAAGCUUCCAACAUUAUACGAGCGGUGACCUACACAAACCAAGCCAUUCGACGAAACGCGCACCGAGACAAAAGCAGCCAUUGCAGCCAUUGAUGGCCAAGACGGGGUAUCGGCGCUAGGAGCCCUCUUUGAGCUGCGUUUCGUCACUGGUCCGGUUAAAUUGGAGUAGUAGAUGGGGCUUGGGCGGGCAGCAAGCUGUAAUUUGCUGUGGUUAGCUACUGCACAGCGGAUUGAUCGUCCCUGCAAACGGGUUCACUCCCGUGAGCCAUCUCGCAACACGCCGCUCGAUAUUCGCCAUAUCACGCAUCAAAUACCAACACCUGGCUUUCGUUUCACCAAUAUCACACUGUUUUACGUCACGCUGUCAAAAGCAGCGGAAUGGCAGCCUGAUGCAUACUCUCCCGCUGGCAGGGCGGAUAUGCUUAAGUGUUCCAGAACGGGAUGAAAUAAGCUUGAAAUUAGGAACACAUGUUGAGCCAUCCAAAGAGGCCCUUCAGAUUUCAGCUGUCCAAUGAAGAGGAACCGUGUUCCCUGUUUUUUCGGCACUUGGGUUCCAUUAUGCAGCUGAAACUUGCGAAAGAACCCUUUGGUCUGCUUGAUUGGGCAGCAUGGAAGAAGCUUCGAUCUAUCAAGGUUGUUGUCAUCUGUGGAUAGGAUCUAAAGUUGACUCGACCCGCAGCGCAAACCCAUGCUCGGCCAGCAGGCAUGAAUCAGCAUUCAAUAGUAAUGUGUUCCUUGGCUGCACACUAGUCGGGGAACACCGAAGAGGCAGGCCAUAAGCUAGCUGCCUGCCCGUUAAGCAAGUGAAAUUACAGGGCCAGUCAGUAUGAGUUUGUGGGUUUGUCAGUUCGCAGCGCGCGUUGGGGCCCUUUGAGAUUCUAUUACCCCAUAUGAUCCCCACCCCCUGCGCCGAUGAGCUACGAGAACAACGGCGCCGGGAGGCCUGGGCUCUCGUUGCUCAAAAGAGGGGGAUGGGUACUGUAAUAUUGAGAGUACCCCAGCGUGACGCCUUGACUUCGCUCGGCUCCCGGCGCCGUGAUGGCAACAGUUGCAGCAAUGGCUUGGGAUUAACGGCCGACAUCGCCCUUGGAACGAGAAUAGAACGGCAAGGGGAGGCGUCUAGGAACAAGGAACACAGCAGCAAGUAGAUCAUCUAUGGCAGAUCAAGCAUCAAGGUACAUGGCCUGGGCACCACCCACCUCCAACGUGGAAAAUGUGGCUAGCGAGCAUGGGUAGCCCAGCUUGUACGUACUUUUUUUUGGAGUACGAGCGCGGCUACGAGCCUUCGAUGAAAAAGUUUUCCUUCUGUUUCGGAGAAGCCUGAUAUGUUUUUUUUGUCUAUGCAGACACCGGUGCAGAUGCAUGGCCUGACUUUUGUAACAGAAGAUGAGAAAUGACCAAAUAUCUCUUUCUUCCAUUACACAUGAAACUACGGAUUGCAUUGAACGGAAACCGAAGCUUAUGCUAUCUUUGUGUUGUUGUUUUUGGGGGUGCCCUCGUUUGUGUUUGGGGGGCUUUCGGUCUUGGGGUACGGUGGCCUGACUGUGCGCAACCAGUGAAUUUUUUUCGAGUCACGCGGGGGGGCUCUGCAGUGCCUCUGGGGAAUGCUUGCUAGCAGUAAAUUACAGUGAGCAGCUAGGGGAGCCAAGCCGCCUAAAAUUAGUGUUUAGGUGGUUGUUUAGUGGG